GGGAGUCCUCUUUGCAGGAGCGCAGCCGACUAUGGCGCAGAACUUGUAUGGCCCACGAGUCCGGAUGGGCAACUGGAAUGAGGACGUCUACCUUGAGGAGAGUUCCACGAAGUUCUUCUGCUCCCUGGAGACCUAUAGUGGCAGACACUUCAGUCCUUUGAGGAUACAACCACCACCGCCUGUGUUACUCAGUGUGACUAUUGACCCUUCGGAUUUCACCCGUUCUCUGUCCAACCAGGAGCUCAUGAAAGACUUCUUAGAGAAGAGAGAGAAGGGGAAGCUUCUCAUACAAAGAAACAGAAAACUAAAAGGGAAUCUUUUGAGACAGAUGCAGCUUUCCGUAUCUGAAGAUGGCUCUAUUCACUAUGGGGACAAAGUGAUGCUUGUGAAUCCUGACCAUGUCGACCCGGAGGCUGCUGUGUUUCUGGCUGGGGACCUGAGCCUGUGCAUGACUCCAGAUGAGAUAAAAGCCCACCUGAGUGAAGAAUUGGAGGUGCCCUGUGGCCUGAGCGCAGCUCCAACCAAGAACCCGGUGGGCAGAAACACCUUCGUGGUUUUGAGCAUGGACAGAAAUGCCAACGGCCAAGUCCUUAGAUAUGGGGAGGACUUUUGUCUUGGCAUAAUGGCAGGAUUUGAAGACAAAAUGUUGUAUUUAGCAAGUGACCACCGGAGCCUACUGAAAUCAGCCAAGAAGUCUUGGCUCCAGGAAGUAUCCCUGGUGGAUGAGAUAUCCUACCUGACCUGCUGGCAGGCGGCCUACCUGGACCCCCAGCUGCGCUUGGAAUAUGAAGGCAUGCCCAUCGCGACCCGGGCCUGCCAUGAGUUCGAGCCAACUCCAAGGAGCCUGUGGGAAAUCCUGCAACCCGGGCCCUGCCCCUGAACGAACCGGUCAGGUUUGAAGAAGCACGGACCUCAGCUUGUGUCUCACUCUCCCAGGGCUGCAGGAAUAAAAUGCCAAAGGCUGAGUAUCUUCAAAGAACAGAGACGCAUGGUCUCACAGUUGUGGAGGCUACAAGUCUGCAUGAGGAGGUUGGCUACCCUGCUUCGGCCCUAGGGAUCUGAGAGAGAAACUGCUCCAGCCUCUCUCCUAGCUUCUGGCUGCUCCCCAGCCACCCCAGGCCUCCCUGGGUUUAUAGAAGCAGCUCCACGAGCCACCUCUCCUCCUGAGAGUGCUCUUUCGUAAGCCACCACUCCCAUGGGAUUCGGACUCACCAUGCCCUGAAAGGGCCCCAUGUUAACUUUAAAAAACUCUGGCUGCAAACAGUCACAUCCCCAGGCAGAUGAGGUGGGAUUUCAACAUCCAUGAUGCAGCCCCUGGGGGGCGCAUUUGUGUCCAUAACAGAUUGUGAGGAUCAUGGCCCCUUCCUAUUUUCUCCCAGGUCUCUGGGAGGUACUAGUUCCUCAACCCAAACCAGUUGCUGUUGGCUUUGACUCCUGGAAUGUCCAAGGAGAACUGGGCUCCAGAGAGAUUUUAACAAUGGAUUUUUCUGGAGUGGUUGCCAGGCCUUU